UUAUCGACGCACCGCUUGGGGAAAACUUUAUGAACUUUCAUUCCGACGAGGGCAAGCUGUGAUAGGAGACGUGCAGUGACUCAAUGUCAAUUAUUUUACGGCAAACACGACCAAGAAUUACAACGAACCUAAUUAACAUCGAGCUACUGUCAUAUGCUGUGUACACAUGCCUAAAAGAACUGUAGAUACUUUUUUCACCUGGGAAGUAUGUUCCAUUCAUAAAAUCGUAAGUGUGUACAGGUGAGCUUUGUUGUGUGCCGAUUGACGGCAUAGAUUGACCACCGGACCGUGACGAUGAAUUCCGCACUCCGACACAUCUGCCUUAUCUUGGUCAUCUGUGUCAGUCGUGGAUCGACAAUUAAAGUAGCAUGUCCCGAAUAUGUUGAGUGUGAGUGUAAUGAAACUACCAUUCGCUGUCACAGUAGUGAACCACGCGACACUACUAAACUAAACCAGAAUUUCUUCGAUGAGUUAAAGGACUUUAUCCAGCCCACCACAACCCACUUGACGGUGUCUGGAGGUAAUAUAACGGAACUAAUGAAAAAUUCGUUUGGGAGUUGUUCAGGAGACUCCUCCAAAAGUCAUCCUUCUUUGACAGACGUUGUUUUGAGAAAUAAUAACAUCCAGAAAAUCCAUGGUCAAGCGUUCCAUUGUGUUCCAAAUGUAUUGCGCUUGGAUCUUUCUCUAAAUAACUGGACAGUGAGUAACGUGAAUCAUGCUGCCAUCUUCUCGGGUAUCCCGAGCCUCGAGAAACUUGUGUUGACGGAUUCAAUGAAAGACAAUUACUCCGGUAAGCGACAUCUUAGGCGCCUUUCUGCUGUUUUUAAUAAUUCACAUUUAUCAGCUUUGAAAGAUAUCUACCUCGGAAAAAACGAUUUGUGGACCUUUACUUCUGAUGCGUCAUCAACAUUAUGCCGGGUUACCAAAAACCUUCGAAUCUUGGACUUGCAUUCGAACAAUUUGGCAAAAGUGGUGUUCGACCCUUGUUUUGGAAACUUGACGAACAUACAGCUUAUCAAUCUGAGAGACAACAGUUUCAUUGGAGUUACUUUAAACACGGUUCGAAUGUUCGACCAGCUUUACAAAAACAAUCCGAUAUUUACAGUCGACUUCCGUGGGAAUCAAUGGGAUUGUGAUUGUAAUCUUGUUGAUUUCGUGAAAUGGGUCAAAACUACCAAAGUCAACAUCAGAGGCAAACAGAACAUGACUUGCCACGAUGGGCAGAAUAUGGGCAAGUACCUAUGGGAUAUACCAGCGAGUGAACUGGUGUGUGUGGCCAGAGCGCCUGCACAGACAGCCAACGCUGGGGUCGUCGUGGUCAGCAUUCUACUGGUCAUCAUCUGCUGUGUUGUCGUUGUUGUUAUCAUUCUAAAAAGAAAUUCCAUCAAAGAAGCAUAUACAGGAUUUAAGAAAUCUUAUUUCGCCAAAGAUGUGCAAUUCAGCUAUGCUUCAGUCAACAACAGCAAUGUUGACGUUUAAGAAAACGACGGUAACGCCGCAUGCCGGAGAAAUUCGUAGUUUUGCUAACCAUUUGUCGCCAUUCCAGUCAGUGCCUUGGUGAGAGAAAACACUCAUUCUGAACGAUGUUUCGUUGUUACUUAUAUUUCGAAUUCUUAAAACAUUGUGUACACAUACGAGGUUUCCGUUUGGAAUGGAUGGGAAAAUAUCGCCAAUAGCGAAGUGUAUAGAAAUGAGUAAAGAAGUCGCACAUCGUCAAAGAUGCUUAUUUCGCAAAUGAUUGCUUGCGAGCCUAGUAUUACUUUUGUAUUUGUAUUCGACAAACGACGUUUUCAUGGUUGAAAAUGACGGCUUAUGUCGUUGGGAUUGUGAGUUAUGAUGCAGCGAAGGACGUGGCGUUUCCAUUGUGUUGCUGUUGUAAAGACCGUUUAUAUCCAUCGGAUAAUUUUACUUGACAAGCGUGUUAAGUGGUGCUAUAGUGUGUACAUGCUAUUACCGGUAUGUUAUUAUGCAAAUGUGGACAUUAUUAUUGUGUUUAAAGUUAUCUAAAGUUACUGGUAGACAUGUAUGUAUUUCGUGAUUUUCACACACACCACAAGUCGGAGAACGAUCAUAUCCAUAAUCUUCAUGCAUGAAUCAUGUCGUUCAGAAGUCGCACUAAAGAAUUUUGUGAUAAGAUUGAUAGGGAGGCUAAUAGAUCGCUUUAUAUUGGGAGGGCGUACGUAAAGAUUAAAUCAGCGCCGUUACGUGUCACAAGUUUCAUACAAUAUGUAAUUAUAAUCUACUUAUAUCUGGAUUAUGUAGCUGGGACGUGAUUGACUAGGUCGUAGCUAGAUUAAUACCAGGUAUUUAUACCAGGUACAACUACAGGCUUUGGUGCUGUAAUUAAAUAAAUCAUCGACUAUUUACAACAUUGCGCUAUUAUUAAAUCAAACAAACAAUUGGAAAACAUGUAAAUUAUACUUGUACGAAACUAAAUAUAGCUCCAUUCAAUACUAGUAACUGGAAACACUCGAGUGAAAAUGAAUUAUAGUGUCAGACCCUUUUCGUUAUAUAUAUUUUGCAGUUUAUCGCCAAAUGUGGAGAAGUUCCAUUAUUGUAGCUGUGUAUUCACUUUAUAUAACAUACGUAACAUUUGCUUUUUUUUAAAUAAUCAAAUAUACCAAGUUGUUACGUACACGUCUCCGUGUAUGUAGUAGUACGUAUAGAAUGAUUCAUUCGUGCUGUAGCAGGUGUGGGUGGUCUGUGUGUAAUUUAACACAGUCGUACACACACAAAAAUAUAAUAGCGCGUUAUCAGCGUAUGGAAGGUUUAAAUCUAGUACGAGAAACCGCUAUCGUACAAAUCAAUACAUUGUUCCUAUUUAAAUAUAAACAUUCGCAUUUGAUAGAAUGCGAGUUGAGACCUAAAUGCGCCUUUUAGUCUGACUCGGACGAUUAGUUAAGGCAGAAAGUCCCAGUUAUUUACCUGUUAUGUUGAAGCUGACCACUUUGAAAUUUGAAAUGUCCUUGGAUCGAAUCCCCUCGGCGGAGGUGUUUCUUUGAAGAAAACCCCCUAAAAAUAAAUCCAUUUAUAUCGUACAUAUCUACUGGCAUAGUUAAUGACUAAGCAUGUUAUUCCAGGUAUAAAAAAUAACGAACAGGUUGAAACUCUUAGCUUCUUCGUUAAAGACAGAUCUAGAAUAUACACGCUGGGACUACACGUUAAGAAAGUGAUGUAGCUUUUGAAGAAUUCAUUAUAAUAUAUAGAGGUGUUCUAUACCAGGGUAGCACAGGGACCAGGCACAUUAACAUGACCAUUUUUACACUCAACUAACCUUUCAGUACUCGUAGCUUUACGUUUACAGAGUUUUCGAGUCGUUGGUUGGUUGGUUGACGGGUUUUGCGCCCUACAUGAAUCUGCCCUUACGGGGUUUCAUCUCACUGACUGUUUUCGAGUCACGACCAGUCAUCAACUAUAGUACGGAAAUAUUUUUUGAAUUAAACACACUUCUCCAUAUAGUAUGAUUAAAAAAAAAUCUUGUUUACUAUUUAGAAAAAAAAAUGUAUGAAUACAAUAUAUAUAGCUACAUUUGUAUGUGGUAGCCCCUUUGGUACACAAACGCCAUAUAUCAGGCAACAUUUCAAAGCCUGGUUAGCUUUACCUAAAUUUACAUCAAUCUUCCAUCUGGUAUAUGUUUUGAAAAGUUAGAUAUCAAGCUAGACCUGCACCUGGGGUAAAAUAGUGAAAACGUUACAUACAGACAGGUAAUAUAGAAAUAUUUUUUAAGUUUUCCGUUAGGGUCCAAAACGCGUUUGACAUUAUUUGUUAAUGCAAUUUUAAGCUUAUCAAACUUUCAACGUGAGUCGAUUGUAUCUGGUCUAGUGCACCGUCUAAUCUAUGAAUGUAUUUAAUAUUCUCUCAUACUACAGCAUGUUUACAGAGUUGUUACGUGACUAUGCUGAAAUUAAAGCUAUUCAGCUUUGUGUGAUGCAGAUGAUAGGAAUGUGGAAAUUGUCCUAAAUUAUUUAUUAAAAUCCCAUGUUAGAAAUUCACUGAAAUUUGUCUGCAGGCGUUUUGCUUUUGACAAAUUAAAAUCGUGUUUAGAGCAAAUACAUUUCUAUGCGAAAUUUAACCUAACAAUGUCAUAUUUAACAAACAAACAAAAAAGAAAUAAUUUUGGCAGUUUUGGACUAUGGAAAGUUACGACAGCAUCAGUCCGGUGUGCUGAUAAUGAUGACUUGACUGCGCAUGAUCACGUAGUCUAUAUUUACGGUCUCGACACUUGUACUGCCUGUGUAUGGUAUUUUUGAGGGGCGUAUUAUUAUACUUGUAAUCUAGCAGCAGUCAUUCAUUAUAUUAAUGUCACAAUAAGAGAUAGCUGUAAGGGUCAUGAACAAUCGUCGCUACGUCGGGUUCAAUGUAAAUGUCGGGUCACGUUGGGAAGCCGGUAACAUUUGUAUAUAUACCACACAGUAUUACCUUUGUGUCUGAACACAGGCGGUGAUCAUGGCUUUGGGAAAAUAAAGUAAGUUUUGCAAUAAUUUAAAGUGGUUAUAUCUAGGGGACGGGGCCAAUAUAAGCGCCGAAUUCAUCUACAAAUCGCAAUCGUCUGCUGGAUAACCGAACUACUCGGGUGUGAAGCGGACGUAAAACCUGUCAAUCAAUCAAUCAAUCUACAAAUCGCAGCAGGAGAUCGAAGUUCUAUCGAUAUGGCCGGAAUAAUCGGCCUAUAUAUUUCGAUCAUAUUCUUUGAACUUCGAUUUGUUCUAUAUUAUACUCUGAUUUUGAUAAAUCUAGUUAAAUUCAAACUUCAUUUGUUUCCUAUAUUGCGAAGGAAUCAAAUUUGAGUUAGAUCUCCUUCUUUUCACAGCGAAACUGUUAUUUUUCUAAAAGUUACACGACCGUCCUAACCUGUCGGCGACGAGCUAUACAUGCACGACUUGCUUUUUCAUUUAAAAGGGAAUUUAAGAACAUGUAGACCUGACCACGCACAGUGACAAUGAAAUAUUAAACUAAAGUAUAACAUUUCACAGAAUAAUAGGCAAACUGCCAGCUCUGAAAAUAGUGUGUGUCGCAUUUUAUAAAUGUGACAUUUCAAAGUGAGUUACAGCAACAUACCGCUGGCAAAUUCAUAAUAAUUUGUGAAGGACGCGGACUGAAGACACUUUAAUAGAUCUCUAUUGCUCUAAGGAUAACUAAACAUACGAUGACCCUUUACUCUCGAUACCAGUGUCAUAAAAAUGACCCUAAAGCUAUAUCACAGGUGAAACAGACACCUCAGACACCGUAUGUCUGGUCUGACAAUAGGACGAUACUUGAUAGGUAUAUUUACGCAAGCUUAAGUCUGAUACUUAUAUUUAAGCAAGCAUGUUUGCAUACAGCAUUAUUGCCUUGUAUUCAAUUUUUUUUUGGUCAUGACUUGAGGUUUAAACAUCAUACCACUUAAACCCGACUGUUAUCUGUCCUGCCCACCACCACUAGUAACCGGACAUCACGUUGGGGAUUGCCUGGUCAAUUGUCCGGGAACUCUCAAGGAUGUCCGACUGCAUAUAUAUAUAUACAGGCCAGACACCAGAUUGAGGGGAAAGCAGAUUUCGUUUAAAAGUUAUCACACGAUUUGUUAUCAUCACUGUAAAUGUAUUUUAACCGAAUUAUUCUGAAUACCAAACACACCAAAGAUGGACUAAUAUAAUCUAUUGACCCCUGGUACAUGUGUAGUAGAGAAAUCUAAAAACUUCAAAAGUCUUGUUCAGCUGGUGGAGAUUUCUGUGUCUGCAUCACACGGGAAUCAAUCUAGCUUGUUUUUCAUAAUGAAAUUAUGUUGCAUAAUGUUGAUUUAGAUAAUGCUGGCACUAGGUGUAUGUAUCCAUACACCCGGUAUACAUAUAGUGGGCAGGGUGUAGAUUACCAACCCACGGUCCGUAUGUAGGAACAGGAUAUGGUUAGGAUCUGUGCGUGUCUGGUCCCUUUCAUAUUCAAAUUCAAAAUUUUAUUUACAGAUUUGUAACUACAAACUAGUUUGAAGGCAAAAUAGAAAAACACAGUGAAAUACAUGUACAUGUCGAAAAGUCGCAAAGUGAUUGCUUAUAUUUCUAAUAUACAAUAACACGAACAAAAUUAACAUGGCUUCAAAUAGAAAAUUUGAUUAUUUUUUUUUAGCUGUAAAGUCCAUACCUUAUACUGUCAGCAAGCCCACUGAUGAGUUCUAGAUACUGUUUAAUGAACUUAAGCAAGAGUCCAGUAUAAACUGUGACUUGUUAGUAGAUAAUAUUGAGGUCAAAUCAUUGGUAUCUAAGGUAACAUCAUUGUCAUUUGGAAUGCAUUUUUGGAAAUAUUCUUAUCUGGCAGAUUCAUUAAGGGCACAGUGAAAAAAGAAGUGUACUUCAUUUUCUAACACACCACAUUUUCAUACAACAAUAGGUUGUCAUGUUUCCAUUAUUGCAUGCCCCCUUUUUUCAAUACAAGAUCUGACCAUAACAAUACACAAAGAAAUCGCACAAAAGUCCCUUGUUAUUAUAGUUUCAAUAUAAAUCUGUAUAGAUUUGAUGUUUUAUGUUUUUGAAACACAGACGAUGUAUAUGAUGUUUAUGUAUAUGCUUCUGUUGCACUUGUUGUAUAUAGAUUAUUUUCACGCUGUUUUGUGACCCAUUUUUUUCUUAUUUGGCUGAAUACAACAUUUACCAAAAAUAUUCCUUCUUUUUUAUGUAAACACUAAGGUUGUGUGCGAUUAUAUAUAUAUACAUACAGUAUCAUACUAGGUAAUAUGUAAAUAUUUACCGGACUAAGACACUUCAUUCCAUGGUUGUGUUCCUUAUACGUCUUUAUCGGUUUUUAUUUUUACGUUUAUAUUCACGGAUCGUUAACGUUACAUUUGCAUGCCUCCUAUAUAUAUUUUCCGCUUUAGUUGUGCUAUUUCAUGUUGAUUUCUUCUCGAGUUUUCCUGUGUUGUGAAGUUAUUUUGUAAGUAUACAGUAAACCUUCGUUAUACUGCCAUUAUCUGUCUGACAAAAUGAUGGCACUGUAAACGGAGUUUGGCGAUUUGUCAAGGGUGGAAUUCUUAAAGAAAGAAUCGGACCGUGAAGUACGUUGGCGGUAAGGCGGGUGGCAGAUGGAACGAGAGGCAUUGUAUCGAAGUUUUAAUGUAUAACCACAAUCUACGGCUGACCAUUGUCCAGUCCAUGUAUUAAACUUCGCCAUGCAAAA